AAACAAGAAUCAGCACACUCGGCAAGCAGUAUACCACAUCCACUCACCUCAAAGCAAGAACAUGCACUAUCCAUCCAUGCCGCAUCACCAGUCUCCAGUCAGCGAUGGCACGAGCGCUUUGCCCAUCGGAACCACACCACCAUCGACAAGAUGAAGACAUCUGGUCUUGUCAGAAACCUUGAUAUAAUUAAGGAUGACCCACCAAUCAAGUCAAUCUGUGAGCCGUGUAUCCAAGGCAAGAUGCACCGUGCCCCACACACGAUACUAGCAGAACGAGCAAAGGCACCUCUUGAGCGUAUAUACAGUGACCUUCAUGGACCACUGCCUACCCAAAGUCGGCAUGGCUACCGAUAUUGGGUCUCCUUCAUCGACUCCCACUCCCGGAUGGCCGGUGUGUAUUUCUUGCGUGCAAAGUCUGAAGUCUUCAGCGCAUUCAAACUGUACGUCGCAUGGGCUGAAAAUCAGAUGAAUAGAAGGAUAGCAAAAUUUGAUGAAGAGGGGAUAAGACGUACUGUGAAGGCCUUGCGAGAUGACAAGGGUGGUGAGUAUAUGUCCAAUGCACUGCAAGACUUUUGCGCCACCCGUGGAAUCAGCCGAGAACACACCAUCCGAGACACGCCACAGCAAAAUGGAGUCUCUGAACGAUUCAACCGCACUAUGCAAGAGGCUAUCACUUCAAUGUUAGCGCACGCCAAAAUGCCAGCAAACAUGUGGGCCGAUGCUGCCGCCUCUUUUGUACACAUCCACAAUCGCUCCCCAUCAUCCUCAAUCAACUUCCGAACACCAUACGAGCUCUGGAAUGGGGAGAUACCAUCAGUAGCCCAUCUCCGGGUGUGGGGAUGCCUCGCCUAUGUGCACCUCCAAAAGGAUCAGCACGCACAACUCACACCACGCGUUCAGCAGUGUGUACUUAUCGGCUACCCAGACGAUUAUAAGGGAUGGAGAUUCUGGGAUUUCAAUAAACGUUGUGAGAUCAUAUCGGACAGUGCCAUCUUCAAUGAAGAAAAGUUCCCGGGCACCUUGCGAGGAAGAGUAAUUAUUGAUCCAGAAGAGCUAGCACCACCAGAACCUACCAGACCUUCACAGCCCGAUACACCCUUGCAACCUCCGCAACCACCUCCAUCCACUUCGCCAACCACACCCGCACACUCCGUACCAUUACCACCAUCACCCGAGCUAAUCACUCCACCACUCUCCGACUCCUCCCGUUCAUCAUCCCCACAACCGAGCGAACCACUCCCAUCCACCUUCCAUACUCCUGGCCAUACUCCAGUACUCCUUCGCCUCUCCCGUCCACCAUCUACCUCCCCUUCAAAACACAAACAGCGCCUCAAACGCGAACUGAAGAACUUGGGUAGCAGCUUCGAAAACUUCCCUCGCAACUUACCAUCCAAGCGACGCACUUCAAGUGUGUGGGAACUACCGGAAGAUGAAUCGAACGGAGAUGCCGCACUCAUAAGUCUUGACGAUGCAGUCGACUAUGCGCUCCACUCCUCCAGUGAGAUUGAGCCGAAUUCUCUUGCCGAAGCUACAUCCCGACCCGAUGGUGAAAAAUAUAUCGAAGCUGCUAUUGAAGAAAUUAAAGCUCACCUAGAAAAUGGAACGUGGGAGGUCGUACCACUCCCGCCGAACAAGAAACCGAUAGGUUGCCGCUGGGUCUUCAAAAUCAAAAGAAACCCUGAUGGAUCAAUCGACCGCUACAAAGGCCGUAUCGUAGCAAAAGGAUAUGCCCAACGCUUUGGUGAAGACUACACCGAAACAUUUGCACCCACCGCACGCUUUUCUGCUCUCCGCACAGUCAUCGCCCUUGCCGCCAUCGAAGAUAUGGAGCUCGAGUCAGUCGACAUCUCAACCGCAUUCCUCAAUGGCGAUAUUGACGCCGAAGUGUAUAUGGAGGUCCCAGAAGGAAUCGAAGUUGAGGGUGAUGGGAAGUCCGAGUGGGUGCUUAAGCUCCUUAAGGCCCUCUAUGGUAUAAAACAAGGCCCGCGACUAUGGUCGCAGAAACUCGCCAAGGAGCUCCAGUCAAUGGGCUUCCAACGCCUCGACUGUGACCACUCCGUCUUCAUCUACGAGCGGAAAGACAUCAAAAUCAUCAUCCCCGUGCACGUUGAUGACCUAAUAAUCGCAUCGAAGUCAGCAGAGGUCAUUCAAGACUUUAAAGACGAACUUGCCAAACGAUUCAAGAUCCGUGACCAAGGUCCCGCUCAAUCUAUUUUAGGCAUCAAGAUCGAACGUGACCGCCCAAACCGCACCAUUACUCUCUCCCAACCGGCAUACAUACAGGACCUCCUCGACACCUAUAUCGGCCACGAAGUCUUCAAUGCCGUAUCCACCCCAAUGGCCGAUGGAAAGUUGUCAGAAAAGGAUUGCCCCACAACAGCCGAGGAGAUCCAAAGGAUGAAGGCUUACCCCUAUCGUCAGGUCGUUGGCAAACUCCUCUAUCUAGCGAUCGCAACGCGGCCAGAUAUUGCUUUUGCUGUCG